AUGAACGGCGGCCCGUGGAGAGGUCUUGGGAGGACACUGCCCUCCGUCCAGCCUGGCCCUGCCUCUGCCAUCUCGCCUCCCUCAGGAGAGUUUCCUCAAAGCCUUUCUGAAGAGUCAGGCCCACGUUUCUCUGACCGCCUAUGGGAUGAGCGGGAUUGUCAAAGCCCCUUUCUGAGAGCAACAGCUCCUUCUCCAUGCCCUUGGUCUCCAGAUCCGGAAGAGGGGAACCCGAAGGGAGGGGCGGAGAGGGAGGCAGAGACCCUUCAGUCUGAUCAGACGCUUCAGCUGGGGGGCGGGGCGUGA